AUGGCGAUGAACGUUCUUAGUAUCCCCAUUACAACAGUAGCUUCUGAAACAUCUUUCAGCAUGGGGUCUCACAUAAUAGAAAAGUAUCGAAAUCCUCUCCUUCCUAGCAAUGUCCAAGCUCUGUUGUGUACUCGGUCUUGGCUUUAUGGUUAUUCGACUAGCGAUGAAGAUGACAAGGAGGAGACACUUAUUAUUCGAGAAAAUCAAACUUCUAGUGGAAUAGGAAUGGAAGAGCCAUUUUACAACAUUGAAAAUGUCAUCAAAGCUGCAAACAUAAUGGUAGAUGAGCAUGGACUUCAUUUCAGUCCCCGUAAGAUCACAAUCUCAACCAGCGGCCUUGUUCCUCAGCUGAAGCGUUUUUUCCGUGAGUCAAACUGUGCUUUGGCUGUCAGUCUGAAUGCAACAACUGAUGAGGUUUUGUUUCAUGCUACUCUUAAAACAGUCAAACAUUUCAUGAGGGAUGAUCCUUAUUGA